GCGGUCCGAGCGUCAGUCCAUUUGCGUUCUUCCGGUGUGGGCGGAGCUUACAUUCUGAGUACGUAGUAUUGAUCAGUGGUACGUAGACAAAAAUCGAUGUAGUUUUGGCUUCGUCCUCACUAGCUUGUGUUCGUUAUAUUUGUGACCAGCUCAGUUUUACAACCCACCAGCAUUUGCAACGAUGGUCGCCAAACAGAGGAUUCGUAUGGCCAACGAGAAACACAGCAAAAACAUCACCCAGAGAGGCAACGUCAAAGCAUCGAAAAACGUCAGUGAUGAUAAAGUUUCGGUGGGACCAUGGCUCUUGGCGCUCUUCAUCUUUGUUGUCUGCGGUUCAGCAAUAUUCCAGAUCAUUCAGAGCAUUCGAAUGGGCAUGUAAAGAGGACCAAUGAUGUCUCAAGGAUCCACUUCUUGCCAUUUCCACAUUCUGCGACAUUGCCAAGGAGCCUCUCUUCAAGGCUUUUUGCUGAUUUUAUCGAUUUAUCUUCUAUGAGGUGCAACAAUCCUAUCGUUCCUCUCUGGUGCCUUGUUAAUGAAGAAAAAUCAAAAAGCCAUAAAAUUGCAUUCUGAUCAAUUGUAAUGUUAUUUUCUGUCAAUCUACCUUGAUGUAAUGUAAAAAUCUUGAUAUGUCACAAGCAGUGAUGUGAUUUGUAAUUCCUGAUUUCUCGUUCAUUCCUAAAAUAACUGUGCAGAAAUUAUUUAAUGUCUUUUUGUUUGCUUUUUGGACCCCCAUUUUGUAGUUUGCACAGGAUAAAGUAUUACGAAUGAAAAGCCAGUCAGCAAAUCUAAAUCACUAAUGUAAAAAAUGUCUUAAAUCACACAUUGCAUUACUUUUCUUUUACUUGUUUUCUUUGUAAUUUCAUAGCUGCCUCCUCCUUUCUUGAAUAUAGAACUUAACCGGAAUAAUUUAGUUCUCUGGCACAUAUUCUUGUCAUUGUGGUACUGUUUGUUUACCAUAAUAGAAUGAGGCUUAGCAAUUCAGCUUUUUCAGAACUGAUGACGUUAUAUACUGUAUGCUAUGAUGGCGAAAAGAGCUGGACUAAAAUACAUUUUUUAUAAAUGA